UCGUGUGUGUCUGGCUGGCGAAAAGUAUUAAACAAAUUUUCAGUAAAAAGUUUAAUUUCUCAUUUUUUACGAUAAAAUCAUACAAAAAUGAAUCGUCUAUUUGGUAAAUCGAAGCCAAAGGAACCCGGACCAAGCAUAGAUGACUGUAUCAAGGGGGUCGAUUCUCGGGCGGAAACCAUCGACCAGAAGAUCCGCACCCUGGAUACCGAAUUGCGCAAAUAUAAGGAUCAAAUGGCCAAAAUGCGAGAGGGUCCGGCCAAGAAUGCCGUCAAGCAGAAGGCGAUGAGAAUACUUAAACAGCGAAAACAGUAUGAAAAUCAGGUGGAAAACCUACGGAAUCAGUCGUACAACAUGGAACAGGCCAACUUUGCCGCCCAAACACUGAAGGACACCCACACAACGGUGGCAGCCAUGAAGGACGGCAUGAAAUCGAUGAAGAAGGAAUUCAAAAAGAUCAACAUCGAAGAGAUCGAAGACAUUCAGGACGAUAUGGCUGAUAUGUUGGAACAGGCCGACGAAGUGCAGGAAGCGAUGGGUCGCACCUACGGCAUGCCGGAAAUCGAUGACGACGAUCUGCAGGCGGAACUUGAUGCCUUGGGCGAUGAGAUUGCCUUGGACGACGAUACCAGUUACUUGGACGACGUAGUCAAGGCUCCGGCUGCUCCGGAUAAGGAACCGGGGGCGGACAGUGUUACUAAUAAGGAUGGCAUUUUGGUUGAUGAGUUCGGAUUGCCUCAGAUUCCAACGCAAGUGAAAAGCACCUGAAGUUAGUAGUGUUUUCAAGUGAAAUUAGUCAUCCUGGCGAUUGUUUCGUUUUAUUUUUUAAUUAAGUCUUAUUAUAUCUGUGGAAUCUUACUUGCACGACCGAAGAUACAAAUAUGCUUUAAAUCAAGUAUUCACCACCAUUAAUAAUGCAAUUGUACUUUUU